GUUUGCAGACAGCCUUGUCUACUAUGGUCUGAGCCUUAACGUGACAAAUUUUGGUCUGGACAUCUACCUGACGCAGCUUGCCUUUGGGGCAGUGGAGUUGCCGGCUCGAUUUUGCUGCAUUUUCAUUCUGCAGUGGUUCGGCAGGAAGAAAACCCAGUCUGUCCUCCUGCUGCUGUCCGGCCUGAUGUGUCUCGUCAUCACUGGCAUCCCUGAAGACCAGCCCGUGGCGACCACCGUCCUGGCCAUCAUUGGCAAGUUUACAGCCUCAGCCUCCUUCUCCACCUCCUACGUCUACUCUGCGGAGCUCUUCCCCACGGUUGUCAGGCAGACCGGCGUGGGGCUGUGCUCGAUGUCAGCGCGGGUGGCAGGGAUCAUGGCCCCGUUGAUCCGCCUCUUGGGCCAGUACCACCGGGCCAUCCCGAUGGCCAUCUUCGGGAGUGCCCCCGUGGUGGGGGGGCUGCUCUGCGUCCUGCUGCCCGAGACCCGCGGCACCGACCUGGCGGAUGACACAGAGGCAGCGGCCCCCAGCUGA